AAUACUAAAAGUCGAAGAGCCAUCUGGUAUUCUUUACAGCCAACUAUGACUACGAGACCGUUUGCCUCCUUCCACAUCCUUGCAGAGCUUGUUGUGCUCACAUCAAUAUGGUCAUCGCACGUGCUGGAAUCGAAGGUAUACUCGCCAAAAGAAACUCUGCGUGGUUUUAUAAGCACGUGGCAUGAUUCGACAGCCAUAAUUCAGUCCCGCAUGGCUUUAUCGCCAUUUCGAAGUAAUCGGCGAUGGCAUCACGGUACACCCGGAGUGUCUCCAAGUUGCACGAAGGAAUGUCGAAAAGGGAGAAAACCUCUUUGUUUUACUAGCCCAGGAUGGAAGGCUUGCAUGUGCGCCUGCGUGCCGCCCAAUGAUCCAUGCCCUCCUGUCGGAAGGAAUGCGUGUGCGACUGGCGUCCACUUCAAAUCGACAUCUAGCUCGGCUAUGUGCCUUUGCACAUGUGAAAGCAAUGGAGUCAAGGCUGGAUUAGGCUGACCUGGGAUCCUUUCACACAUAUAUACCUGAGCCGUCAGCACACCAGUGAUUCAAAAUCCUACGUAAUACCAUUAUCAGCUAUGUGCGCUCAACAAACUUCAAAAUUCAGAAAUUUUGUAGGCUGUUUAUAUCCAAGGGCUCUUUCUACAUAGCACAUGUUUGCGAUUACAAGGCAAGUUACUGAAAUGAAAUGUUGGAAAAAAAAUUAUGCAGAUCCCAUGCACGUGGCAAUCGAUGUAAGGGAAGCUUCUCGUGCUGGAUGCUUCGAUAAAAGAUAAUUAGCGGUGAUGUUGACUGCAAAAGCUUAAUUUCUUCAACGUUUUGGCUAACACGAGAGCCGUGAGUUGAUGUUUGUUUCCGUAACACACAGAACACACAGGGAGAAGUACUUGUUUGAGGCAUUGUUGUGCGCCAUAUUUUAUAACUUCUUAGAGGGUUGAGCGUUGUCAUUUCCUCGCAUGGCACAUUGCAUUGUGGUAGAAGGAAUAAACUUGAAUUGGAUUAUGGG